AUGUUCAAAUAUUGCAUUUAUAUUAUUUUUUGCUACCUAACAAAUGUUAAUGCACAGUUCCGCUCUCAAAAUAUUGCAUUCACUACGGCAGAAAACUGUACAAGGAUUCAAUUUUUCAAUAGGAUUGAGUUGAGAUGCGAAACAUGUCCAAAUUCUACAGUACCAUCUGCUGAUCAAUUAUCCUGCAAAUGUGACAUUCAGCAAAAAGAAAUUUCAAGAAGUGGAUUCAUACCUACUUGCCAGGAUUGCCCUUCAGGCACAUUUCCAUCUCCUGACCAACUGGAAUGCUUGAAUUGUCGAAAUGGAACAUGCGAUUGUCCACAAUCGGGUGUAUUAAUAUACCGAGAUGUUGCUGGUCAUCUUUUGUCAAAUGGAGCAUUUUGUGAUUAUUGUGCUGAAGGAUUUUCAAAAAACGAUGACGGAGAGUGUAAAAAAUGUGAUUAUUCUUGUCCUGGUAAAAAAUUCACAAAUUCCGAUAAAGUUUACACAAGGAUCAAGCUACAAAACGGAGUUGAAAUGAAAUCCAACUACAUCGAAAAUCAUUUAUCAACCGAGGCAAAAUCCUGUUCUGAAAGGAAUGUUCAAAGUUGUGAAGCACUAGCAAAUAUAUGUGUACUACAAAACUUUGAGGCUGGAUUCUCUUUGAAUGCUUGCGGACUUUUGGAAAAUAUCAAAAGGUCUUUCAAUCCAUGGCAAAAUGCUUGGGAUGCUCUGGCAAAUACAGAUGAUUCAGAACUGGAAAAAGAGAAUGUGAUAGAUCAUCAGUACUUGUUCAAAGAUGAUUCUCGUUUUGAACUUUUCUUUGCGAGAUAUGAUGUAAAUGGGACAUUUGAUGGUUUCUUCACAUCAGAAACGAUUCCUUUAUUGCUCUGUGGAGAUUUUCUGGACCCGUUUGCUCCAUUUGUUUUCGGAAGAAGAUUCUACAAAGAGUGCAAAAUAAGAAAGGAAGCGUACAGCGAUAGCUUCUUAGAAAGAAAACUUUUCGAAGUCUAUCUGAAGUUCACUGAUGAACAAGGGAGACCCAAGUUGUAUCCAAUGCAUGUUCUGAAUAGUGCCAUUCGAGUCAAUGGACAAUUGCCCAACUUUGCAAACAAAGAUCGAAAUCGGUGGAUUCUUACUCGCAGAUUCUAUUUGGUGGAUGACUACACUUUACAAUUCGAUAACUCAACGAGACUUUUGAGAUUCGCGGCAAAGAUUGGAAUUAAUGUGGUUCUCCAGAGAGACAGAGAUGGUUAUAUAAAUCCACCAUAUUUGACGAUUGAGUAUGAUGACACAACAGAAGAGAAUCUAGAAAACUCUCUUGAAGUAAUGUACCACAAAGAUCCGUCUGGAUAUGAUCAGAAGCUGACGAUUUGUUUGUCGAUAGUAGUCCCACUAUCUUUAUUUUGGUCUGCUCUAUGCUCAUACAGUUGGGGACGGAGACAAGGGAAACCAUCUGCUGUGGAUGCGUCCUCCAUUCUCUAUUUCUUCGUUUGUGAAGUUUCCGUUCUUGGAGAUGUAUUCUUCAUUAUAUUUGGAUUGAUUGCUUUCUGGAUCACUUUUGCGUACAAAUCUCAGACUUAUGCUUCAUACAACAUGCUUAGUGAAGACCAGGAAAGAUCUCUGUUCCAUUAUAUCAUCUCUGCACUUGUUCUCAAGUUUUUCGGGUUGCUGUUCACAAUGGGAGCUUUAGUUUUUCAAGAAACGUUCUUCAUUGAUUGGGAGAGACAAAAACUCAAACAGACUGAUGAGCAUGGGAUGCCUCUGUCACGAGAUCUGAACAAAUCAACAGAAGCAGAGCCUGUUGUUGUGUGGAGAACAUAUCUGAUUGCAAAUGAGUGGAAUGAACUACAACAAUACAGGAAAACAUCUCUGGCGCUUCAAAUUAUCAUGAUGACAUUGUUGAUGGAAUACUUUCAAAUAAAGAACUACGCAUUGGUGGAGCCUGGAUUUGAAAGAAAUAGCGCAGACUCUGCAACUACUCUCUCCAUACUUCUUAGUACGCUGGCAAUAACUGUCUCCCUUUACCUAUUUUUGGCUUUUAUCCAAGUCUUUUUACGAGUUCUGAUCGUUGAGCGCAUCGUGACUGACCCAUUUCAUAAUUUCGUUGAUCUCUGCUCAGUUUCUAACAUCAGUGUACUUUCUCUUACUCACUCUUUGUAUGGAUACUACAUUCACGGACGAUCUGUUCACGGGAAAGGAGAUGCUGGAAUGAGUGAAAUGAACGAAUUCUUGCAGAGGGAAAGGAACAACUUGUGCGGAUUUAGAGGACUGGAAACAGGGUCAGAGUUACAAACCUUUAUUGUAAACCUUCCUCAGAUGUUCCGUUCGAAGUAUGACGAAAUCUCCGCGAUUUCUAAGCAGACGACAUCUGGAGUUGUGGGACAUGAAGCUGUUACAGCCAAGAUGAAUGCCACUGUCGAAGCUCACUCCCAGAUGAACUCGUUUUUGAAAAAGUUUGUGGAUCAUUCGAUAUCAGAUAUAGAUUAUGUUGUCCGAGAUAGACCAUUUCUUGAGUCACUUCUCGACAUGGAAAUGAGUGAUACUUCAAUUACUGGAAGCUUCACUAGGUCAGAGAUAACAAAUGAAAAUGAUAAAAAAAUAGACCAUGUGGAAAUUGCCUACUCUCGAUGCUUUGUUUAUGGAAAUGAAUGGGCUUGGACUUCAUUCGAAUGUCUAGGAUUUACAGUAUUCUACAUCUGGUCUGGAUCAAUAUAUCUAGCUGGAGCAGUUGUUUAUGUGAUUUCUCAUAUUAUUCGAAUGGUUUUCGGAUAUCUGUCUACAAACCAUUUAAUCAAAACUAGUUUGGUUGAUCAGCGAUUCCUAGUUUGA